UACCUCACAUGACAGUUGCGUUUUCUUCUGCGGUUACGAACUAAACAAAUCUGACCUGCGGCACCAAACAGAGAAACAAUUCGCACAGCGGUCGUUUAAACGGACAUCAUACGUGUGGACAUAAAACAACAGAUACCGUUUUAAGCCCAUUUAUGCGCUAUUUGCAUAGUCUGCCAUCGGCUGUUAUUGUGUCGACUGUGUUUUGAUUCACUUUGCCAAGAAACAUGAUCCUCAUCAGCCGCAAACAAAACAUGCCCGCCGGAGCGAUAUUUAGCCUGCUGUUAGCGGUGUCUAUACAUCAGUGUUUUACCAAUGAAGUUCCACCCACUGUGACUGCUUCUGCAACCAGCCCUCCUCCGGUGACCCCUGGCCUUCCUGAGCGGGGCAACUACAAUGUCACCAAUGCCACUGGCACUGUCUGUCUCUUGGCACGAAUGGGCCUGCAGCUCAACAUCAGCUAUCUUUCAAGCUCUCAUGGAAAGACAGUUCAGGAGGUUAUGAACCUGCAUCCAAACAUAACUAAAACUUCUGGAUCCUGUGAGCCAGACAAUGCAACGCUGAUACUCACUGAAAACAACAUUACUCUGACGUUCAUUUUCACCUUGAAUUCCACGUUGAACAAGUACCAUCUUAGUGGUUUGGAGCUGUUAGCUGCAUUACCAAACAUGUCAAAGAUGCUUUUUGUGAGUAACACCAGUCUGAACUACUGGGUGGGAACCCAGGGCCACUCCUACAUGUGUCGGAAGGAACAGACCCUGAACGUUACGCAGGAUUUCUCGCUCAACACCUUCGGGCUGCAAGUGCAACCUUUUGGUGUCAGUGGAGACUUUGGAUCAGCUGUGGAGUGUGCGCUUGAUGUGGAUGAUAUGUUGAUUCCCAUCAUUGUGGGAGCUGCUCUGGCUGUUCUAGUGCUCAUAGUGAUCCUGGCCUACCUCAUUGGCCGGAACAGAAGCCACGCUGGCUACCAGACCAUCUAAACCCUUUAUUUUAAAGCUAGGACAUGCAGGUGCCACCAAUUUCUCCUCUAAGCUGGACUAAACUCUAUACUACUACUACAACUAUAGCACUAAAAAAACUACAGCUGCAUAGUUUAACCUGCCCUGGCCCCUGCUGGUGUCUCACUGCCACUACUGAGGGUAGACCUGCAUUUCCUGGACUUUGUUGCAUUAUGUUAAGUGUGGGGAAUAUAGUAUAAAAAAAAUACAUUCAUACUCGCUUAAAGGAAUAGUUCACCUUCAAAAUAAAAAUUCUGUCAUCAUUUACUCACCCUCUUGUCAUUUCAAACCUGUAUGACUUUCUUCUUACAACACAAAAGAAGAUAUUUUGAAAAAUGUAGGUAAUAGAAAAAAGGUUUUUGGUUAGCAACAUAUUUCUUAUGUGUUUUGCAGAAGAAAGAAAAUCACAGGUUUAAAAUGAGAACAGGGUGACUAAAUGAUGACAGAAUUUUCAUUUGAAGGCAAACUAUUCUUUUAAGGUGCAGGGCGAGUUCUAAUGUGUGUUUGAAGCUCUAGGUCAUCCUAAAAUGUUUGUUUACAUGACCCAUUUUAUGCCAGAUUAGGAUGAUCAGUAUAAGGUCUGAUCUUUGUUACCGAGGCUUAAUACGGGUCUUAGAAAACAUACAAUCUGUAUCUGGUACCUCAUAUGCUUACAUUUAAAGUCAUACGUUUAUAUAAAUAGGAGGAUUUAGGGAAUUUGUUGCUAAUGCUGUAAAGGGACUAUUUAUUUAACACUUUUCUGAUUCUGAUAUCCAAAUACUUUUUGUGAUUUGAGCUAUUCUUGUUUAGGGAGAACAUACUGAGAUUCACCAGAUAAAAGCUGUGAACAAAGCCUUAAAUUUUGAGUCUGAUGUUAAAACAUUUUAAAGAAAAGUUCCAGAGAGCAGAAAUCUGAGACACAAACAGUUUGUUGAAUAAAGGGAAUGUCUAUUCUAGCAUAGAAACUCCUUCAGUACCUUCUAAGAGUUCCUUCUCUCCCAUAUUACAUAUCAAAGAUGUGAAACUAUGUAGCCUGCUUGCUUCUUUUUACUAUUUAUCGGAUUUGCACUCAUUAGCAGGAACUAAAAAGGAAAAACUUUUCUGUGAAGGACGAAAUAUUAUGGUAUUGCACUACUGGGAUGAAAAAGGGUACGAUUCAUGUUAACUUGAAGAAUAACUUAGAAUAUUAUAGACCCCAGGUUAAACUGUUACAAAUGCAAAGUGCACUGAAUGCUUAUUAUGCCUCUAUAAAUAUGGGUGAUAUAUAGAGGCCUGUAAAUUAAACAACUGCAUGAAUGGAGUUGAUGUGGAUAUUGCUUUAACUUUCAUAUUGUUUUAGGGAAUGCAAGUCUAAGUUUCUAAAUAAAAAA